UGGGUGGCGGGAGGGGGCGUGUUCCAGCGCCCGGCGAUGACAUAUUCUUCCAGCGCCACGUCGUGAGGAAGUGUCGAGCCACUGGAGCAGUCGGAAGGUUCCGGGUGGAGUGGAGCAGGUGCUGGGUUUAAGCGGUUACCGGGCUGGUGUCUUCUUGUUCUGGGCUCAUCCUCUGCCAGGGCAGGAGCUAUGUCAUGGAUCAAGGAAGGAGAGUUGUCACUUUGGGAGCGGUUCUGUGCCAACAUCAUAAAGGCAGGCCCAGUGCCGAAACACGUUGCCUUUAUAAUGGAUGGAAACCGUCGCUACGCCAAGAAGUGCCAAGUAGAGCGGCAGGAAGGCCACUCACAGGGCUUCAACAAGCUGGCUGAGACUCUGCGCUGGUGUUUGAACCUGGGCAUCCUAGAGGUGACGGUCUACGCGUUCAGCAUUGAGAACUUCAAACGCUCCAAGAGUGAGGUAGACGGGCUAAUGGAUCUGGCCCGGCAGAAGUUCAGCCGCUUGAUGGAAGAACAGGAGAAACUGCAGAAGCAUGGGGUAUGCAUCCGGGUCCUGGGCGAUCUGCAUUUGUUGCCCUUGGAUCUCCAGGAGCUGAUUGCACAGGCGGUACAGGCCACCAAGAACUACAACAAGUGUUUCCUCAAUGUCUGCUUUGCAUACACGUCCCGUCAUGAGAUCAGUAAUGCUGUGAGAGAGAUGGCCUGGGGAGUGGAGCAAGGCCUGCUGGACCCCAGUGAUAUUUCUGAGUCUCUGCUUGAUAAGUGCCUCUAUACCAACCACUCCCCUCACCCUGACAUCUUGAUCCGGACUUCUGGGGAAGUGAGGCUCAGCGACUUCUUGCUCUGGCAGACCUCCCACUCCUGCUUGGUGUUCCAACCCGUUCUGUGGCCGGAAUACACAUUUUGGAACCUCUGUGAGGCCCUCCUGCAGUACCAGAUGAACCAUAGCAUGCUCCAGCAGAAGGCCCGAGACAUGUAUGCAGAGGAGCGGAAGAGGCAGCAGCUGGAGAGGGACCAGGCCGCAGUGACAGAGCAGCUGCUGCAAGAGGGGCUCCAGGCCAGUGGGGACGCCCAGCUCCGACGGACACGCUUGCACAAACUCUCAGCCAGACGGGAAGAGCGGGUCCAAGGCUUCCUGCAGGCCUUGGAACUCAAGCGGGCUGACUGGCUGGCACGUCUGGGCACUGCAUCAGCCUGAGUGGGGCUGGCCUCCUGCCACUUUGCCCUGCCCUCUGCCUCCAGGGCCCCACUCCCCUUUCUUUUCUUGGUGAAAGGCACCUCCUUCCUAAGGAUGAACUGUGUUUCCUUUACUUUGCAAGGGAGCCCCAGAGGCCAGGUCUGCUGGCCAGAGAUACGCCUUUUGGGCCGCCCGGGACAGUGGCCCCUGGGGAGGACUGAGGGGAUGGUCUCCCACAAGUACACUAAACCCAGCUCUGGUCACCUGUAGCUUUGGAGAGCAGGGAGCCCCAGUUCUUCGCUGCCCGCUCCUUCCGCCUCUGCCACCUCUACCUGUGUUCUAGAUGCAUUUCACUUUUCCACCAGCACAUCCUUCAACAUAACAGAAUUUCAGGGAGGAGGUCUCCCCAAAACCCUGGCCCUUUACCCAUCCAUCUUAGCCUUCCACCCGACUUUCACAAAAGAUUUGGCCCCACCUUGGAUCUGCUGGUAAAUAGCUAAUAGGCAGCCAGCGUUAUUUGGGCAAGGGAGGGGAGGGAGAGACAGAAAGAAAAUUUGCCCAUCUGCUGCUCCUCCCCCUGGGCUCUCCACCUGGGAUUUGCUAUUGAAUCUCUACCCCCUCCCACCACACAGUGCUGAUUGCUCACUGAAAGGCUCAGCGCCCCCAAUGGCGCGCAGAAGCCAGGCGGGUGAUUACAAUCCAAUUACCUAUUGUCGACUCAGCCCACACAAGCUUUUCUCCUCCUCUUGCAGGGCACGGGGCCAGGCUCCACGCCCCUGUGCGACCAGCCCCCUUCGUGGCCACAGGGUAACAGGAGGGCCUCUAGGCCCUGGUGAAUCUAAUCCACCACAGGCCUCCUUCCCCGGAACACCUCACAGGACCCGGAGCAAAGGAACAAGCACUUGUCCCAACUGACUGACGCCUGUCCUCACCAUCUCAGACUCUGCUUCCCACGGCCUCAGCCUUUGAGGCUUCUCUUGUUUUGGACCUGGCCCCUUAAGUCCCCCCGAGACGAUUUAUUCUCCGCGUGGCAGAGUCUCAGCUUGUUAGGGCCAGGGCUGCCCAGCAGGGAGAAGGCCAAGUCAAGGGCUGUGUCCUCUCCCUGCCAGGCCUUGCUUCGGAGCUGCUGAGAGGAUUAGUGCCUUUGAAGAGCUGUCUGCCUGAGCAACUCUGCUUCAGGUGCCUGGAGCAGCAAGCACCAGCCUUUAACACCGACCAAACACCACUCCGUUUAGCCUUCCCAUUUCACUUUCUGCGAACUGUUUCCCCAGCACCUCCCUCUAGGGGAGAGGUGGGGUCUUGCAAGCAGUGCUCAGAGCAUAGUCUUUAACCCCCCACUGCCCUGUAUUCCAGUCUCCUCUUCCCCUUCCUGUGCCAGUAUACCUGGCACAAGAGACCCCUUGGCCAUCAUCCCUGCUCCCAGAAUCAAACAAAUGCCAGACACUGCGAUUGAGAAGCCAAUCAAUGCACCCUUUGGCAAGCCCCCCACACACACCUGGCAUUCCCCACAACCAAUCCCUGGCACAGGGUUCCCAGAGAGCAGGUGCUGUACAUUUUCCAGCUUUACAAUGGGGCUGUUGACAGCCUUAAUUAGGGAGGCAUGAAUUAUGCGGCUAUAAUGCAGAGCCCUACAAUUAAGGCGGGAAUGAGGGGCUGGAGGCAACAAACGGAAUCUGCCCAGUGAGCAUGGCUAUUGAGUCCUGUCUCCGUUCUGUGUCCGACUUGCCCCAAUAUGAAUGGGGUACAGAUGAUUAACGGAGCUGGCAUCUCUUUGGCCUUAGGUCCUGUAUUCUGAGAAAGAGACACAGAGUGGGAUGGGUAGGGGUGGAGGGAUCACCACUGCCAAGGAGCAGGGGCUGCAAACAGUGGAUAUGAACUCAUUGUGAUUGUUUUCUACCGGUAGGAUUUGUACAAACCGGCUCAUCCUUUGCCUCAAGAAACUAAGUGGGACCUAUUUAAAUGUCUCACCUGUGAGCCAAUCCCCCACUUGAGGAUAUUGUGUUCUUGUGUUCUCCUGGGUUUCAAAUAGAAUUUUAAACAUUCUUAGAUGUAUAACUUGUUUACAAAUAGUACAGCAGAGGGAACACCUUGUUUUGCGGCUGCAAUGGCCUGCCCUCUCGCAGGUGCGCUUGGCGACCUCCAGAAUCCUCAGCUUUGGGGGCGCGUGGGGUGGGGGAGCCAGUGGAAGAGCCCUUUGCCAUCGCAACACCUGUUCCUCUACUUGUUUCCUAAUCCCCGGACUCUCUCCUCCACCCUCCUUGUCCUCGCGCAAGUGAGAGGAAGCCAGCCUGCCAGUGUGGAAGGAGGGAUUUCGCCAGCUGCGUUUGCAGCGCCCAGGCUUGGUGGCCGCGUCGGGUGGGGGCAGCUGAGCUUGAUGUCUCCGGAGCGGGUGGAGCAUAGGGGGAGGGGAGUGCUGGUAGGCCUAGGCGGCUGCUUUCCGUCAUUCUGUGGCGGGGUCUUGAGGUCCGCGAACACAGGGACCUAAGGGAGCCACCCGACAGGCUUUGGGGUGGGGGGGCUUCCUUGGCAUUUGGGGAGGCGGCUGAGAAACGGGUGCUGAAAGGACAGCUCCUACCUGCCCCACUGCGCCCGAAAGGGACCUCGGCGUGUCAAGUCUCCCCCUCGGACCCCCACCCCACCUCGAGUGGACCGCCUUCCAGCCCGAGCAGUGUGAAGAAGAGGAGGCGAGAACGACCCCCGGACCGGCCAAAGCCCGCGCGCCGCUGCAUCCCCGCGUCCAGCGCCUACGUCCCGCCGCCGUCGCCACCAUGCCCAAGAGAAAGGCUGAAGGGGAUGCUAAAGGAGAUAAAGCCAAGGUGAAGGAUGAGCCACAGAGAAGAUCUGCAAGGUUAUCUGCUAAACCUGCUCCUCCAAAGCCAGAGCCCAAACCUAAAAAGGCCCCUGCAAAGAAGGGAGAGAAGGUACCCAAAGGGAAAAAGGGGAAAGCUGAUGCUGGCAAGGAUGGGAAUAACCCAGCAGAGAAUGGAGAUGCCAAAACAGACCAGGCACAGAAAGCUGAAGGUGCCGGAGACGCCAAGUGAAGUGUGUGCAUUUUUGAUAACUGUGUACUUCUGGUGACUGUACAGUUUGAAAUACUAUUUUUUAUCAAGUUUUAUAAAAAUGCAGAAUUUUGUUUUACUUUUUUUUUAAGCUAUGUUGUUAGCACACAGAACACUUCAUUGUUGUUUUGGGGGAAGGGCAUAUGUCACUAAUAGAAUAUCUCCGAAGCUAGAUUGAUUCAAGGGGAAGAACACCAUUCCCUUCUAGUUCUGAGAAACUUCCUCUUGGUUCCCAGGAGGAGCAAUUCCUUGAUGUUGACACACAUUAGCCACCUUGGCACAAACGCCUUGUAGGGUGGAAAAUCUAAAAUUCAUUUUUUAUGUCCUUUUCUCCCUCUGCCUUCAACAUAGACUUGACUCCCUUAAACCCAGAGACCUGUUGGAACCUGACCCCAAGAAAUGGUUCCCAGUAUGUCAGGCAAUCUGGACUUUACAGUGUCACCAUGGAGAUGGCAUCCCUCAAAAGAGUUCCUUUUUUAGCUUGUGGAGCUUCAGAUUGAUAAUUCUGCCAUUUUCAUUUCAUUUCCUGAAAGUCAGGGUCGGCUUGUGAAAAGUUGUUAAACAACAUGCUAAAUGUGAAAUGUCAACCCUCACUCUAAACUUUCCCUGUUCAGAGCAUCAAAUGAAGAUUUCAUUGGGUUUUAUAGUGGCUUUCUGAUUUUGGUAGUCCAUUGAAGAAGGGAGUUUGAAAGUUGUUGUAUACUGUUAACGAUUGUCUGCCCAUGUCCUGCCUGAAAUACCAUGAUUGUUUAUGAAAAGUAUCUUUAAUAAAGCUGGAUACAGUUUGGCUUGGAA